GCUCGUUCUGUGAUCCAAGAAUCACAAACGCUGGCCUUUUCUGUGGCACUUCCUCGUCACCAACCAACUUUGUUCCAAUCUUUGCUACACUGAUGCAAGGCUUGUCAGAAGCGAUCAACAAUAACCAUUUUGCUUCUUACCAACUCAACUCUACACCUCCAAUGUAUGCGUUAGUUCAGUGCCAUGAAGACCUCUCACAAAAUGAUUGCCUUUCUUGUUAUGCUGCCGCAAGGACUAGAAUCCCACGUUGCCUUUCUUUUGUCUCAGCUCGAAUCUUUCUCGAUGGCUGCUUCAUGCGUUAUGAUGAUUACAACUUUUUUCAAGAGUCUGUUUCAUCUAGUGUGGAUAAUGUUAAUUGCAGCUCUAAUAACGUAACAGUGUCUGGUGAAGAUCAUAACAAUAGGCUGAGUUUGUUUGGCAGGAACGUUGAUUAUGCAGUUGGGAAUGUGACUAGGAUUGCUUUGAGAAAUGGAGGAUUUGGAUUGGUGGAGGUGGAUGGAGUGUAUGCAUUGGCACAGUGUUGGAAGAGUGUUCCGGCUCAAGGGUGCAGUGAGUGCCUGCAGAAGGCGGCAAAGGAGGUGAGAGGCUGCGUGCCAAAGGAGGAAGGGAGAGGGUUGAACACUGGGUGUUAUUUGAGGUACUCGACCCAGAAGUUUUAUAAUGAUGGGGCACAGACAGAUCAUGGUCAAGGGUUUUCUGGAACUGCAGUCAUUAUAACAAUUGUCUCAGCAACAUUUGCAUUCCUGAUGCUCUCUCUUUUAGCAGCUUAUGCUACAUAUGCAAGAUUAUCAAAGAGGAAAAAAGAGCUCAAAAAUCUCGGCCAUAUUUCGGAAAGGUUCCAAAAUUCACAUUUGAAGUUCAAGUAUGAAACUCUUGAGAAGGCAACAGAUUAUUUUAGUCUUUCAAGGAAACUAGGCCAAGGAGGAGCUGGCUCAGUAUUCAUGGGGAUUCUUCCAAAUGGAAAGACUGUAGCAGUAAAGAGAUUGGUAUAUAAUACCAGGCAAUGGGUAGAUGAGUUUUUUAAUGAGGUAAAUUUGAUCAGCAGAAUUCAACACAAGAAUAUGGUGCAGCUUCUUGGUUGUAGCAUUGAGGGCCCUGAGAGUCUCCUGGUUUACGAGUAUGUACCUAACAAGAGCCUCGAUCAGUUCAUUUUUGAUGAGGAGAAAGCAAAACUUUUAAAGUGGAAGCAGCGGUUUGACAUCAUUGUUGGAACAGCUGAGGGUCUAGCACAUCUCCAUGGAGGAGGGUCUGAAAUAAGGAUAAUCCACAGGGACAUUAAAAGCAGCAAUGUUCUUUUAGAUGAGAAUCUCAAUCCAAAGAUUGCUGAUUUUGGACUCGUUCGAUGUUUAGCUGCUGAUAAGAGUCAUCUUAGCACUGGGAUUGCCGGAACACUCGGAUACAUGGCGCCUGAGUACCUUGUUCGAGGACAACUUACUGAAAAAGCAGAUGUUUACAGCUUUGGGGUACUAGUUAUUGAGAUUGUAUGUGGUAAAAAGAGUAACACCUUCACAAAGGACUCUGGUUCCCUCUUACAAACAGUAAGCUCCCAAAUCUUUGUUCAAAAAAAUUUCAGAUUUUGAAACAUGAAUGAGCAUAUCACAACUGCUCUUGCUCUUAAAAUCACUUGGAAAUGAAAUGAGAAUUC